CACAGACACUCUGGGCCUUUGCCCCUACCCCAGCUAUGGCUCCCGGGGCUCCCUCAUCCAGCCCUAGCCCUAUCCUGGCUGCCCUGCUCUUCUCUUCUUUGGUGCUGUCUCCAGCCCUGGCCAUUGUGGUUUACACGGACAGGGAAGUCUAUGGUGCUGUGGGAUCCCAGGUGACCCUGCACUGCUCCUUCUGGUCCAGUGAAUGGGUCUCAGAUGACAUCUCUUUUACCUGGCGCUACCAGCCUGAAGGGGGCCGAGAUGCCAUUUCGAUCUUCCACUAUGCCAAGGGACAACCUUACAUCGAUGAAGUGGGGACCUUCAAAGAGCGUAUCCAGUGGGUAGGGGACCCUCGAUGGAAGGAUGGCUCCAUUGUCAUACACAACCUAGACUACAGUGACAACGGCACUUUCACGUGUGAUGUCAAAAACCCACCGGACAUAGUGGGCAAGACCUCACAGGUCACGCUCUAUGUCUUUGAAAAAGUGCCCACCAGGUAUGGGGUGGUGUUGGGAGCCGUGAUCGGGGGCAUCCUCGGGGUGGUGCUGUUGCUGCUGUUGCUCUUCUACCUGAUUCGGUACUGCUGGCUGCGCAGGCAGGCUGCCCUGCAGAGAAGGCUCAGUGCCAUGGAGAAGGGGAAAUUUCACAAGUCUUCGAAGGACUCCUCGAAGCGCGGGCGGCAGACGCCAGUGCUGUAUGCCAUGCUGGACCACAGCCGAAGCACCAAAGCUGCCAGUGAGAAGAAAUCUAAAGGGCUGGGGGAGUCUCGCAAGGAUAAGAAAUAGCGGUUAGCGGGCCGGGCGGGGGGUCGGGGGUCUGCGACGGAGUCCUCCAAAGGCUCUCAGGUGGUGGUCAUCGAGAUGGAGCUUCGCAAAGAUGAACAGAGCUCGGAGCUCCGGCCUGCAGUCAAGUCCCCCAGUAGAACCAGCCUCAAGAACGCCCUCAAGAACAUGAUGGGCCUGGACUCGGACAAGUGACCGUCAUAUCCAGGCCCUGUCAGAGCAGAGGACCUAGGCUCCUCUUUUUCCCAGGUCUAGGUGCUUUCCUCAUGCUCCUCAGCCCUGCCCUGCCCUUACCUCCCAAUGAGAUGUAAAGUUUCAUUCCAACCUUCCUUUCCAAGUCUUGUGUUUCUCCUUCGCCUUUACCCCUCGGCUUUCCUAGGGACUAACCCUCACCUGCCCCAAGGGCUGUGUGUUUGGUGCCUCUCCCUCAGGCACCGAGAAGAAAGGGACCUGAUAGCCUCUGCCCAACUCCAGGCCACUUGGCCUUCCCUCGCCCCCACCCCCGCCCCCAGCUGAUCCCCGGGCUCCUCCCCGCUCUCUCCUUUCCUGUCUUAUGGCGGCCCAGCUCCACACACCGUCCUCGGGCUCAAAUCCACACCAUGCAGAGCAGACUCUCCGUCAGGGUUUAUUUAGGUUGCUGAGUUUUUUUAUUUGUUCAUCCAUUCUUUUGUUUGUUUACCUGAGCCCACAGACCCAUGACCGAGGACCAAUGACGUCAUGUGGCUUUUGCAGUUACCCACUCCUACUAAGUCUUUACUGGAGAGCCAG